CUCGGUCGUCGCGGGCGCCAUUGGCGGGCUGGCCGCGGGCGGGCGCUGCGACUGCCACUGCGAGUGGUCAUCGGCCCCUGACCAGGGCCUCCUCCAGCUGCUUCAGUGGCAGCUGGAUCGCUGCGACCCCGAGCAGCUCCACGGGCAGGUCUGCCUUGCUCUGCCGCCGCCGCCGGUGGCCGCCCUGGCGCUCGUCGGAGUGGGCCUCCUCUUCACGGGCGUGCUCUUCGGCGAGCCGCGGCCGGAGUGGUUCUCGCAGAUCCAGCGGGGGUCUCGAGUCCUGGAGCGGUACGAGGGGUACCCACUAUGGCACGAACGGCUGCUGGUGGCCGCCCGCUUGGCGUCAUCACGGCGGGUGGCAGCGACGCCUAGCGGCGACAUCUACGAUGAGGACCUCGUGGAGAGCGAUGGGGUGCAUCGAGUUGGGCCGCUGGGGGGCCUCGGCGCCGACAUGGCGGAUGCUGAGUUGUUCAGGUUCGUCAACCUCAUGGCGCUGGAGGAGCGAGAGCUGCUGGAGGGCGGCGAGGACUACGUCCGGGACAACAAGGGCGACAUCGACAUCGACGCCGAGUCGCGCCAGGCGGGCGUGUCCGCUGCGGCCCUCCCAGGGGCCGCCGCCGGCGUGGCUUGGGUGGCCGCCGAGUCCCGCCGCGGCUUCGCCCUCGGCGAUGCGGUCGAUCUCUCCACAGGCCAGCUGCUCGCCUCUGGCGACCGCGGUGUGUUCAUGGUGCCCGGUGCUGGGCCCCUCUGCGUGGCCGUGGCUGGGUCGCUCUCUCCAGGUGCUGGCGAGGGGGACCUGCGCACCCUCCCCGUGCGCUUCGACAGGAGCAACCGCCGCUUCAGGGAGUAUGGCGAUGCGGUGGUCUGCCUCUCGGAGACGGCGCAGGCUGGCUGGUCAGCGGCCGGGCCUCGCACUUGCAAUUGGCUCCUCCAGGCGAUCCGCGACGCGGGCUGGACGCCCACGCAGCGCCACUGGUGGCGCAACCUGCUGCAGGUCUCGCCGAGCGACGCUGGGGUGGAGGAGCACGCCUGCAUCUCCGAGGUGCUGGAGAGGGCCUGCGUCUUCGACCAGCGCUACCAGCUCUGGCAGGAGCUGUGCGCACCCGAGCUCCAGGCGGCCGAAGCGAGCGAGGAGGGCGACGGCUCCUGGCUCGACGAGCGCCGCGCCUUCCUGGGGACUUCGCGGAGCAAGGGCGCGGCGCUGGUCUGCCCGGCGCUCGAGGAGCACGCGGCGGGCGGGCUCGCCCAGGAGAGCGCCAUCCUCAAGGAGAAGCGCAAGGGGGGGGAGGAGAGGCGGCUCGCGCAGGGGGCCGCGGCAGGUGGUCGGCUCGACAUGGCGUUUGGUCUUCAGCCUCCUGACGACCGCCCUCGCGAUCUGCUGCCCUUCCCGGGCGGGCGGGCCCUCGACGAGCUGCUCCUCGGCGCGACGGGCAGCGGGCUCUCCGCAGCGGGCAAGCGGAAAGCCAGGCGGCGCCGGGGCGAGGAGGUGUGGCUCCGUGCAGACCUGGACGCGUUCAGCGAGUUGGGAGGCGGCGGCAGGGCGUCCAGCGAUGCCCAGGUGACCGCCGCCCAGGCGCUCCAGGGUAGCGGCGGCGGCUGCGUCGACUCGAGUGUGGCCGACAGUUUUGAUGCAACCUACCAGCCUAGCAGAAUCUCUUUGCCGCAGUCACGUGCUGGGGCCGCGCCGCUGUGCGACGUGGCCCCGGACGACUUGCAGUGCACGCUGGCAGGGGGCAGCGGCCUUUUCCGCGAUCCCGCGGAGGCGCAGGCGGCGCUGCACGAGCUCGGGCCCGCCAUGGCCUUGGACCCCGCGCUGAGGCUGAGGGGCUUCACGCGCGGGCGCUUCCUGGCGGAGCUCCUGGACAGGGGCAUCCUGGAGAAGGCCACCGUCGUCAAGGAGACCACGGGGGCCUUCUUGGCCAAGCGCAGGGAUGGCUUGCUGAGGCUGAUCUUCGACGCUAGACGGAGCAACUGCCACUUUGCUCCUCCUCCUCCGUGCACUUCGCUAGCCAGCGGUGAGUCGCUGGCGGACCUCGAGAGCGAGCCCGGAGCGCGACUCUGGGUGGCCUCUGCCGAUAUCGAGGUCUGCUUCUACCAGUGCGAGCUGCCCGCCAGCCUGCGGCCGCUGUUCGUACUCCCGCCGGUUUUGGCGCGCCACCUGCCUGCCAGAUGGCGCGAGAGGCUGGAGCUCGCGGACAGCGACGUCGAGCGCGCCUUCCAGGCGCGCGUCGCGCCGAUGGGCUGGGCGUGGGCGGUGCACUUCAUUCAGAGGGCUCGCGAGCACCUGCUUGCCUCGCGCGUACCUUCGGCCCCUUGGCUAAGGGACAAGGUGCCAGCGACGCCCGCGUGCGAGGGCCCUUCCAAGCUUUGCUACAUCGACAACCUUGCCGUGGUCUCCGACAACGAGUGCGAGGCUGUGAACGGGGUCGCCCACAUGCUGACGACUCUCGACGGCGCGGGCGUGAAGGCUCACGUGGACAUGCCCGACCCGAGUUCGGGAUCGCUGGAGUUGUUGGGCUUCGAGCACGUGGCGCACCAGCGGCUCUGGCGGCCCACGCCCAAGAAGUUUUGGCGAGUGGCCAAGGCCCUCGAGUACGUCUUGCGAGCAGGGGCUACCCCAUCUUGCCUGGAGCUGGAGCGCCUCAUCGGGCACCUGGUCUCCAUGAUGACGUUGCGCCGCGACCUGCUUUCCGUCCUCUCCGCUGUCUACCAGUUCAGCCAGAAGAUGGGACGCCGCAGGGCGCCCCUCUGGCCCAGCGUGCGCCGCGAGCUCCGCUGGGCGCAUGCCCUGCUGCCCGCCGUCGUGGCCCGCUCCGACAUGCAGUGGCUGCCGGUGGUCACCGCCUACGAUGCCUCCGAGUGGGGGCUUGGCGCCGCCGAGAGCCUGCGGGGCAGCGCUAACGCGGGCCGCGCGGGGCGGCUGCGCGAGCGCGCUCG